UUAAUGUUUUCUUUCCUUUUCAAAAUUAUUUUUAGUUUAAUACACCUGUCUCCAAUCAUCAGCAAUGACUUUAGUGAGCAGGAAAUGUCUCAUUACAGAGACAGAAUAAAGUCUAUGUUUUAUCAUGCCUACAACAACUACUUGGAGAAUGCAUAUCCAUAUGAUGAGCUCCGACCUUUGACAUGCGAUGGACAGGAUACUUGGGGAAGUUUUUCACUUACUCUUAUUGAUGCCUUGGACACAUUACUGAUAUUGGGGAAUCACACAGAGUUUCAGCGUGUGGCUGCUCUAAUUCAGGACACUGUGGAUUUUGAUAUUGAUGUAAAUGCAUCAGUGUUUGAGACAAACAUACGAGUGGUUGGGGGGCUUUUAUCAGCUCAUCUGUUGUCCAGGCAGGCUGGGAUCAAAGUAGAGGUGGGUUGGCCUUGUUCUGGUCCGCUACUUCGCUUGGCUGAGGAUGCAGCUCGCAAACUUCUUCCAGCAUUUCAAACACCCACUGGUAUGCCUUAUGGAACGGUGAAUCUGCUGAAAGGAGUCAACCCAAGUGAGACAUCUGUUACUUGCACUGCAGGCGUGGGCACAUUUAUUUUGGAGUUCUCCACUCUUAGUCGUCUCACUGGAGACCCUGUGUUUGAAGAUGUUGCACGUAAGGCCCUCAGUGCCCUCUGGAACACCCGCUCAGGCAUUGGCCUGGUUGGGAACCAUAUUGACAUCAUUACCUCCAAAUGGAUUGCUCAGGAUGCAGGUAUUGGAGCAGGAAUUGAUUCGUACUUUGAGUACUUGCUAAAGGGUGGCAUUAUGCUUCAAGAUGAUAAUCUUCUGACAAUGUUUCAUGAGUUUAAUACGGCCAUAAAGAAUUACACUAAGUUUGAUGACUGGUACUUGUGGGUACAGAUGCAUAAGGGCACAGUUUCCAUGCCUGUCUUUCAAUCUUUGGAGGCAUUUUGGCCAGGUCUGCAGAGUCUAAUAGGGGACAUUGACAGUGCCACAAGGACCUUUCAUAACUACUUUACGGUGUGGAGACAGUUUGGUGGCCUUCCAGAGUUUUACAACAUUCCUCAGGGUUAUGCUGUGGACAAGCGAGAGGGAUAUCCUUUAAGACCAGAGCUAAUCGAGAGUGCCAUGUACCUGUAUAAGGCCACUAGUGAUCCAUCAUUUUUGCAGUUGGGCCGGAAUGCUAUUGAGUCCAUAGAGAAAAUAAGCCGUGUCAAAUGUGGCUUUGCUAGUGUAAAGGAUGUGAGAGACCACAAGCUGGACAAUCGCAUGGAGUCUUUUUUCCUAGCUGAGACUAUUAAGUACCUCUAUCUGCUGUUUGACCCUGAAAACUUUCUUCACAGCAGCGGCACAACAUUUCAUCUGGGCGGUUCACAUGGGGAAUGCAUUCUUGGGGCAGGGGGUUAUAUCUUUAAUACAGAGGCCCAUCCACUUGAUCCAGCUGCUCUUCACUGCUGCAGCAAGGACCAGGAUGAACACUGGGAGCUAAAGGACAUCCUUCUUAGUUUAUCAGAGCCUCUUAAGCCAUUCAUGGACAAGGCAAAAGAGGUAUUAAAAGACAGAAAUUUAGAAAGCAUGGUGUUGAAUUCUCACGAAAGACGCAAAGCACCUGUCCUCUCUUGCCCUACACAGCCUUUGAGUGCUCGAUUUGCAGUUAUGGGCCAAGUUGCCUCAAGACAGUAAAUGGGCAUAGAUUGAUCCUACAUUAUAAUGUAGAAUAACAAUGUAACUGAAUAUUAAAAUGUUUUAUAUUAAAAAUAAUUAAAAUUUGAAA